AUGUCGCCACGCUGCUUCCAGACGGCUCACUUCUACGUGGAAGACAGCAGUUCACCGAGAGUAGUGGCCAAUGAGACCGCCCCCAUCGUCGCCAUCCCAGAUGACAUGGACGCUGUUCCAGUCAAGCAGUUCACCAAACAUGUUUCAGAGCUUUACUCCAACAACCAGCACGGAUUUUCUGAGGGCUUUGAGGAGGUUCAGCGGUCCACUGCUGACAUGAACAUCACAUCGGAGCACUCCAACCACCCUGACAACAAGCACAAGAACAGAUACAUCAACAUCGUGGCCUAUGACCACAGCAGGGUGAAGCUGAGGCCGCUGGCUGGGAGGGAAUCCAAACACUCUGACUACAUCAACGCCAACUAUGUGGAUGGAUACAACAAGCCCAAAGCCUACAUUGCAGCCCAGGGACCGCUCAAGUCCACCUUCGAAGACUUCUGGAGGAUGGUGUGGGAGCAGAACACGGGCGUCAUCGUCAUGAUCACCAACUUAAUGGAGAAAGGACGGAGGAAAUGUGACCAGUACUGGCCGUCGGAGAGCACGGAGGAGUAUGGCCACUUGAUGGUCACCCUGAAGAGCAGCAAGGUUCACGCCUGCUUCACCGUGCGCCGCUUCACCCUGCGCAACACCAAACUCAAAAAGGGUGGGAAGGGGAACCCUAAGUCCCGGGCUCAGGUUGAACGCACUGUUAUCCAGUAUCAUUACACCCAGUGGCCCGACAUGGGCGUGCCGGAGUACACACUUCCUGUGCUCACCUUCGUCCGCAGGUCGUCGGCCGCCCAGACACCUGAAAUGGGUCCCGUGCUCGUGCACUGCAGUGCUGGAGUCGGCCGGACGGGGACCUACAUCGUCAUUGACAGCAUGUUACAACAGAUCAAGGACAAGAGCACAGUCAAUGUCCUCGGCUUCCUGAAACACAUACGCACCCAGCGCAACUACCUGGUCCAAACUGAGGAGCAGUUCAUCUUCAUCCACGAUGCCUUGAUGGAAGCCAUUUCUGGGAAAGAGACAGAAGUGCCAGCCAGCCAGCUUCACGGCUACUUCAGUAACAUCACGGCGCCGGGACACGGCGGCCGCACACGUCUGGACAAGCAGUUCAAGCUGGUCACUCAGUGCAACUCCAGAUUUAGGGAGUGCUUCAAUGCUCAGAAGGAGUGCAACAAAGAGAAGAACCGAAAUUCCUCCAUGGUGCCGUCAGAGCAAGCCAGGGUGGGACUUGCACCUUUACCCGGCGUCAAAGGCACCGACUACAUCAACGCCUCCUACAUCAUGGGUUACUAUCGGAGUAAUGAGUUCAUCAUUACCCAGCAUCCUCUGCCUCACACCACGAAAGACUUCUGGAGAAUGAUCUGGGACCACAACGCACAAAUGAUCGUCAUGUUGCCCGCCAGCCACGGACUGGCAGAGGAUGAGUUUGUGUACUGGCCCAGUCGGGAGGAAGCCAUGAACUGCGAGGCGUUCACUGUCACCCUCAUCAGUGAAGACCGGCUCUGCCUGUCCAGCGAGGAGCAGAUCAGCAUCCACGACUUCAUCCUGGAAGCUACACAGGACGACUACGUUCUGGAGGUCCGUCACGUUCAGUGCCCCAGGUGGCCCAACCCGGACGCCCCUAUCAGCAGCACCUUUCAGCUGAUCGGCUUCAUCAAACAGGAAGCAGCCACACGAGACGGACCCACCAUCGUCCACGACGAGUUGGGCUCGGUGUGGGCGGGGACGCUGUGUGCCCUCACCACCCUGUCCCAGCAGCUGGAGAGCGAGGCCGUUGUCGACGUCUAUCACGUGGCCAAGAUGAUCAACCUCAUGAGGCCUGGAGUCUUCACGGAAAUAGACCAGUACCGGUACCUGUACCGAGCCCUGCUCAGCCUGCUCAGCACCAAGGAGAAGGGUUCAGGACUCUCGUCCAAGGACAUUAACGGGACCGUGACGUCUAUGUCCAACCGGUCGGAUCCGGCAGAGAGCAUGGAGUCUCUGGUCUGAAGGGGUCCGGAGGGUCCUGGGGGCCCUGGAGCAGCAGUGGGGGGUCCCUGAGCCCUGGGAGGAGCCACCUCACUUUGUAAAACAUUACAGAACUCUUGUGGACAAGACUUUUUGAGGCCUUUUUUGCCAGACUCUUGGUUAAAAUGAAUAACCUGAUUACUUUUUUACACUGACAAAAAGUUUUUGAUAUUUAUUUUUUCGCCAUUUUAUGUCUUAAUGUUCUCCUACUGAAGGGUUUUGCACCUGCGUUUUUCAGUUUCACGACGGUAGGCAACGAGAAACACUUUUCUGUCUGUUCUUGUUUGCACUAUGAAAUGUCAGUGUUACUGCCUAAACUAAAGCUGACUCACUGGGCUUCUCCUCACUCCAGCUCCAGUCGUCCUUGUUUCUGUAUGUUUUCGGCUGGUUUUACAUUCCACGGUUCUGACCGCGCUGAGCUCGGCCAAUCACUGAAGGACGUGUGGACGGAGUCAUCUCCUCCAUCCCGUCCUGCACCCGACCUGAGUACCACCACUCAUUUACCACAGGAACCCACUCACACAAACUACUUGCACUUGUUGAUUUCCUCUUCACCUCUUUCUUUCUUUCUUUCUUUCUUUCUUUCUUUCUUUCUCGGACCCUGUUUCGUUGUCGCUGUCCCUCUUACUAGCAAGUCACACCCAUGUUAGAGAACCUGAGGUGGUGUAACAACUGCUACUGUGAACUUUUAUGAGUAUUUCUUUGUAUAAUUCAUAUUAUGCUUUUUAAUAUAUGGGAGUACUGUAUGUAUACAUAUAUAAAUAUAUCCUUACCAUAAU